GUUGCCUAAAGUCCUCAAACACUUCAGAAAAUAAUGAAACUCAACAAAUAAUCCAGAAUCCAUUCUCUUCACCAAAACACUACUCUCUCAAAUGGAGAUCUCAACCUUACUCUCUUUUUCCCUUAUUCUCUCCCUCUCGUUCACCUCCAGAAUCCAAGGUUUUGAGCCAUCUCCGGCACCAAGGUUUGUUUCUUCUUUGGCACCAGGGUCACCUUCUUACUAUUCUCAGGCGCCAGAUUCUGGUGGAACUCCGGCGCCUGCUGCAAAUGAUGUUUCUCCGCCGUCACCAACAUUGUCAUUCCCUCCUUCAUUGGCGCCUGUUCCUGUGACGGCGGAGAAGGUUGGAGAAGUGGCUGUGGCUCCAGCACCAGAGAUGGAGGGAAGUGAGAGUUUUAAAGGGAUUGGUCCAAGCAGUAUUCAAGAGGCAGAAGAGUCUGGAGUGCAGAUGGUGAGGUGGUGUACUUUGAGGCAGAACAAUGAGGAUUGUCAGUUGCUUGUCAUUGCUUUGAACCAAUCUAAUGAAUACACGUGGAAGUGUGUCCAAAAAGAUACAGCUCAAGAAUGUUUGGAGUCGAUAAAAAAAGGGGAAGCAGAUUUGAUAAACUUGGAAGCAGGGAUGGCUUAUGUUGCAUUCAUAAACUACUCAAUGAAAGCUAUUGCAAAUGAAGUUUACUGUGAUCAUGCUAAAAGCUAUCAAGCUGUUGCAGUUGUCAACAGAAAAGCUUGCAAGGAAAACAAGGGAAUCAGUUUAAUGGAUUUUGAGGGUCACAAAUCUUGCCAUGGUGGUUACUCCACAGCUGCUGGUUGGAACUAUCCCAUCAACCAUAUCAAAGAAUCACUUGAUUCUCAAAAGAUGAAUGAACGCGAAAUCGCAGCAGGUUUUUUCUCUAAGAUUUGUGCUCCUUCUGAGUUUGAAGGAUCAGGAAUUUGCAGUGGAUGUGGGAAUGAAAAUGGUUCCUGCCAUUUGAAUAGCCCUUAUUUCGGAGAUCCUGGAGCCUUCAGGUGUUUGGUAGAGGAACUUGGUGAUAUUGCAUUUAUGAAAGCAGAUACAGUUUUGUUAUAUUCUAUGGAGGGGCCUCAUAAUCAAUCCUGGUCAAGCAAAUCAGUUAGGGACUUCAUGUACCUUUGUCCUGAAGGAGGUUGCAGAGAAAUCAAUGAUUACCCUGGUUCUUGUUCAUUUGGAGCUGUUCCUGCAAAUGUGAUAAUGGCAAGCAAUUCUCUCCCAAAUAGAAAGAGAUUGUUCAUUUUGCAAACAUUGACCAAUGCUACCUUGUUGGAAGCUCUUCAUGCAGGAAAAUAUGGUGCCAGUCCUUUACUUAGUCCAAGUACACAGCAGAUUGCUGUGGUCAAGAAGCUUACAAGGUCUUACCUUGGGAUGUCAGCAUCAAUUUCACAAAGCACACAACAAUUAUAUACCCCAAUCAACCAAACUGCUCCAUCUACUGCAAGUCCAGUCUCAGAUAUGGGUUCUCAAUCAUGUUCGUGUGGUCAGAAUUCCCUAGUCGUCACACUCUUUUCUGUCCUAACAAUGCUUUGGUUACUGGUAUUUACACCCAUAUAGAGCAGGGGCCUUUUUCAUUUACUGUAUCAAUAGAAGUUUAGGCUAGCAACUUGUGCUUUUUUGGUACUUGAAUAAGAAAUGCUAGAAAAGUACUUCAUCAGAACAAUAUGCAAUACAUUAGACACACUAGAGGUCCCCUGUUUGAA